AUGGGAGCUCCGGUUAUCCUAUGCGGUAAGACGGAGGAGAUCGGGCGGGGUGUCGUCGCGGGACUGAAGCCCGAGUACGAAGUAAUACACUUUGUCAUGAGUCCUGAGAGCGGGGCAGCCCAAAUCCCCGCUAUACUCAAGGGCGACCAGUCACCAGCCGCGGACUCUGCACUCGGUAGUAAAGACUACUCAAAACCGCCAAUUGCUAUUAUUCUCGGCGGAGCAUUCAAUGAUGCCGGGACGGAGUUGAUGAUGAAGGCGGCGACGGGGAUUAAGCCGAUACCCUGGCUCCGACCGGAUUUAUCAAAACCUGCCCCGCCGCUCGGCCCGGAGUAUGUAUUCAUCAAUACUUGA